GCAGGACGGGGCGAGGGACGGAAGGUCCUUCCCUCGGGGACAGAUCGGCCUGAAGCAGCAUGAAAAAGAACCAGACCAUGCAGGGCACUUUCAGCAAACUCUUUGGGAAGAAACAUGCCCACCCCUCCACCACGUCCCUGUACGCCACCAACCCACCCUGGAUUUUCACCCAAGAGGCCCAAGAGGAGGGGACCAGGGACUUUGAUGGUAUCUAUUAUGGAGACAACCGGUUCAACACUGGGAGCGAAUCGGGAACGGCCACGCUGAAGGCUCGGCCACGCGUCCGGCCCCUGCUGACUUUCAUUCCCCUGAAUGCCCAGGAGAGCCAUGGGCUGGCUGUGCCCACCCCGUCUGUCCCAGAAGAUUUUGCAGACAAAGAAGUGGGAGGUACCAGCACACUAGUGAAUGGCAACCUCCGACUCUACAGCUCUGUGGGAGACCUGAGGCCGGUGCACUACGAUCUGGACUCAUCCAUCCCCCCACCUCCCCCAGGCCCAGCCCCGGGGCCACCCCAGGACACUUCACAGCCUCCAGGGGAGUCCCCUCCACCACCACCUCCUUCUAUUCCUCCUCCUCCCCCUCCCCUGCUGGUGGAACCCCCACCCCCACCCAGCACAGCGCCCCCUCCACCCCCAGCAUUAGACACCUUCUCCCCACCAUCCACGCCCACCCCUCCCGACUUCAUCCCCCCUGCCCCACCAUCAGCUUUUCUAAACCCCCCUCCACCUUCUUUGCCAGCCGCAGGCCCCCCAGCCCCAGUCUCUCCUCACACAACUGGAGCUCGUCUCUUCCCCACUGGGGCUAUUACCAAGUGGAAAUCAGAAGUAGCACUCAAUGGCCGGCAUCCAGAGGACCCCAGAACCAGCCCCCCCAAAAGCCCUGCUGAACUGAAGAGGAGCCCCCUAGGGCCUAGCCCAGAGCCCCACCUCACCUUCCCCAGGUCACCGAAGGUGCCUCCCCCAACCCCAGUCAGGUCCUCGUCUAUCCCAGUUCAGGAAGCACCAGGGACUUCUCCAGAUGAGGAGGAAGCCACCCAGAAGACCUCCGCCCACCUCCCGCUGUCUCCCAGCCUCAACGUCCGCCCUGCAUCUCAAGUUUACCCAGACAGGGCCCUAGAGCCAGGACCUGAGAGCCCAGGCAGCCCAAGGCUCAGGCAGUCUGAACCCCAGACAGAUGGACAAGCUGGAGCUCCACCCCCAGCUCCUCCCUUGCCUCCACCGGCUCCCCCACUCCCUCCGCCAGCGUCCUCCCUACCCCCAGCUGCUCCUCCUUUGCCCUCUGCUGAGCAGGCAGCCCCUCCAUCUUCUGGAUUUAUGAAGACCUCCAAAUCCAGCUCACCUGCUCUCAAACCCAAACCCCCAAGUCAGGAGGACCCAGCCUCAUCAGAACCUGUUGACUGGAGAGACCCCCGGCAGAUGGACAAGCUUCGAAGGGAGCUGGCGGCCUAUCUCUGUGGGUCCAAGAAAGAGGAUCGGUCACUCAGCCACCGGCCAGUCCCUACGGUGGCCUUGAAGGACAAGGAGAACAAGAAGGACACCGGCCUAUCAGAGGAGGCAGCCCCUCCACGCCUGCCUGAGAAGGCACAGCCCUGUGCUCCCCAGAAGAGCCCCUCUAGCAGCAGCCUGCCAGAGAGAGAAGCCACCAACAGCCCCGCCCUACCCCCUGUGGACUACAUCUCCCAGGAUACCCCAGCCCCCAGUGUCAGGCAGAUCCGGAAUGAGCUAGAGGCUCGGUUCGCCUCCUCAACUGAGAAAGAAUCCAAGCCCAGCUUACCAUCUCUGCCCCCCAAACCCCGGCUGGAAGGGGGAAGAACCUCUGAAAACGGGACUGAUAAUGGCAGAUUCCAUAAGCCUGCCACCAAGCCAUCCACCGCCCCUCCGCCUGCCACAACACUCCAGGCCAAGGUUACCACACCACCCAAGAACACACCUGGGCAGGCCACACCACCCAAGGACACACCUGGGCAGGCCAUACCACCCAAGGACACACCUGGACAGGUCAUACCACCCAAGGACACACCUGGACAGGCCACACCACCCAAGGACACACCUGGGCAGGCCACACCACCCAAGGACACACCUGGGCUGUCCACACCAUCAUCUCAGCUGAUGGCAGAGAAGGACCUUGCCUCCAUGAGGCAGAAAGAAAAGCCAGAAUCUCAAGAAAACCCAGUGGCUACCCAAUUGGCCACAAAUGGCGCCCUCUCUCCUCCAGCUCUCCCACCGAAGAUGCCCCUCGGUGGAGAAGAGGCACCAUUUCUCUACCGACCCCAUCGCGGCCAGAAUAGCCACAGCCGAGGGGUGGCUGUAGUGACUCCCACUCGGGCCAGAGGGGAGGCUACAGACUCAGGGGAUCUAAUGGACGAAAAGGAGCUCCAAAACCGUCCAGCCAAGUCUCUCACGCCAGUCCAGCCAGCUGACCAACUCCUCAGACACCCGGUGACCGGGGAAGUGGUGGAGCGGGGCUCCCCAAUGGCCCUGCUCCUCGCGGCCAGACAGAGAGCGCAGAAGACUAGGCCUGGAGGGACGGCGAUUGGACGGUCCUCUUUGCCAGGGAGUCUCCGUGACCACAGCAACCAACCAGAGGCCAGCUCUGAUAGCAUCUUUUACAGAGGUAGCCGGCCCAACUCCUUCAUUGUGGUCCCUAAGGUGCCCAGUGAGACCGAGGACUCCCAGCUGACCUCAGCACGGCACACUGGGCCCAGUCAGUGGAAGCCCCAGCAGGGACGAGACACACAAGGCUCAGAGCCAACCUACAGGCAUGGCUGGACCAAGGCCGAAUCCCCAGCUCCUGUGGCCCGGGAAAGGCCAGCUCCCUCAAGCUUAGCCCAGGGCCGCGCCCUCCCCAAAUCCUUCUCUUCCCCGCCCUCUCCUUCCUACAAGAGGGAAGAGGAGGAAGAGGAGGAGGAGUUCAGCUUUGAUAUCAUUCCUCCGCCGCCCGAGUUCAGCAAUGACCCCGAGCCUCUGGUCCCUGGGCAGCAGCAGCAGGGUCGUCGCGGGUCCCCACCGAGGAACAACUUCUCUGACUUGGGGCAGUCCCGGAGCCCCAAUCUGGCCCCUGGCUUCUCGCGCUUCCCGGGGACUCCAUACUCGGAGCCCAGGGGCUUGGAUCGCUUCUCAGGCAGCGGACGAUCGCUCAUCAAGAAACGCCUGUACGUCGGGGAGCCCCAUCGCAACCCUGGGACGGCCCGUGGCUCUACUGGCCGCAGUCUGAGCUCCCCUAACUGCUUCGGACCGCAGCCAGGAGGACCUGAGAUGCGACGGGUCAACUCUGGGGGCCGCGCGGCCCCCGGAGGCCUGCACGCACGGAGGCUGUCGCUGGAGGGCGCCCGGGGUGCUGCCGAGGUCAAGUACAAGGCGCCCGGCGGAGGCGGUGGCAGUGGCAGCAAAACCGGGGACUAUGGCUUUGUCCCUGCCAAAGGCAGCAGGUCUCCUCACGGCAACACCCACUAUGGAAGCCCCAUCAAUACGUUCACGGUGAGGCCGGGGACCCGUCAUCCCAUCUCCUACGCCUACCCUGGGACCCAUCGGAAAGCCACUUCCUGAGCCACGUGCUUCACUCGGCUGACUUCUAGGGGUUGGAUCUGGGCUGUUGUUUCGCGGGGGUGGGUGGGAGGUCGCACAAGGUAUUAUAGGUCCCAGCUCAGACAUCACUGAGAGCCUUUGUUCUGGAAGACAGACAGACGGACGUAGCAGAGGACUGUGGAAGACGAGACAUCUGGCUCUGAAAGCACCAGGGACAUCUUGUCUAGGGACUGUUGGCAGAUGGGGGUGGGAGCAGGAGCUUGCUGGGCCCUGUUUCUGCUAUCUGGGACUGUCUGUGUUAGCAAGGUUUAUUGAAACUUGUGGGGUGACAGUCAGAACCUCACAAGGGAUGGGGUAGGUUGUCUUUAACCUCUGCCUGUUACACGGAACAGGUAAUGGCUGAUGAGUUCAAGACCGUUUGCACACCCCGGGGCUCUGCAUCAGAAGCUUUAUGCACCAGCCAGGACCAGGCAGGGGCAUGCUCC